GGUAAGGUAGGCGCGUUGUGGGAGUGCAGGGUCAAGGAUCUGUUGGUCAGUGUUGGCGCAAGCCUCGAUCUGAAGAAGCGGGAGAGGGUGUUGGGCAGUAUUGGCCUGGAGGUGAGCUAUUCCACUUGAUCCGUUCUCAACGGAUGACACAGGAUCCGGGAGGCUGGCUGCAUGAUUGACGGCUCGGGUGGUCAUUGCUCUACCCGAUGAGCAAACGCUGGCUAUUGGAGCGACUCCGUCCGCUCUCGAGACGAACGAGAAAAUGAAAUCAAAGACUUGCAAACGCGAAUGGGUCCCGAGACCAACGUCUCUGUUGCAAUUUCUCUGUUCCACCGUCCAUUUUCCCGCCCUCUUCCCCAUCCACUCACUUCGAUACCGAAAGUGCCAGUCCUCAUGCAUGUUGCCGAAGAGCCAUCCCGGCGAGACGGGAGCUCAGAGUGUCCACGUAUCCAUCGUGAUUACCAAACAACACGAUACAAACACCCCUCCCACAACAACCAUGUCCCAAGCCCACUCAACGGAGCCCUUCACCGCCCCUCCCCCUCAACACCCACCACCACCCCAUCCCUCCUUCUUCGAGGAAGAGUGGAAGCAAUACGGCGGCGAAAGUCCAAUGGGCACCGACCUCGCCGCUCUCGCAGACUUCAACGCCGGCUUCGACAACCGGCAGCACCAACACGGGCAUCAAGUCGGAGCAGUCGACACGGGGCUGUUUACUACGCCUUCGACGCCUGGUAGUGCACUCGUAGAUGAUGGGGACAACGGAGAUGGAGGGAUGGUGCGGGAGAGGACGAUGGCGGACGGUGGAUCGGAGUAUUGGGAUUUAUUUGGAUUCGAUGAUGGCUCUUCUGCCUCUGCUCCUGCCUCCGAGCACCAGGGGGUCGAUGAUGUCGGACAGCAGAUCGCAUCUCACCCACCCUCCAACGAAGGACACAACUUCGCCUAUCCGUCUCCACACUGCACCACAAGCGCCGCAACACCGUACUUCCACCCCUCCAUCGAACAACGAAGCGCGACCCCACCUCCACACCCACCCUUCGACGCCCAAAACUACAACACCCACAGCACGCACCCCUCUCCCCUCCGCCACCACUUCAGCCGCCGCUCCUACUCCGAGCCCCCCGGCGGCCCCUCUUUCGACCCCCACGUUUCCGGCGGAGCAGAGGCGCCGCUUGUCUUUCAUCGCCAGGGCCAGUAUUUGGGGAAGCCGCAGGCGGGCGGACUGGCGAGGGUGAAGGGGAAGGCGGCGGGGGCGGGGAGGAAGGCGGCGGGGAGGUAUGCGCCGUAUUCGGGGGAUUGUAGGAAGACGGUGGAGGGGUUGAAGAGGUUGGGACGAGCGGGGGGGAGGAGUGCGAUGCCGACUAGUGCGCCUGCUCUUGGGUAUCAGGCUGGACCAGCGGUUGAGUUUGUUCGGGCUGGGAGUGCGCCGUAUGCGAUGGAGUAUGGAGGGGGGACUGUGUCUGGUGGACAUCCUCAUGCACGGAUGGCUGAAGGGGCGCGGUUGAUGAUUCCGAUCAGCGUGGAGCAGCUGGAGUUCAUUGUGCAGAAGGCGGUGGAGAAGGCCAUGGGCGCCUCUGAUCAGGGCAGGAUGGUGACUCCUUCUGUCGAAAGGGGGGAGCCAGAUUCGGAUACCAUUGUGGUUGGUGGGCGCAGCCUUCACGCACGCUGCGAAUCGAUGGGUUGAAGAUCUUGCAGAGAGGCCCGCUCGGUCGAUCAGAAUGCACGGCGGAUCAUGCCUCAAUCGUCAUCAUCGUCCUUCUUCUUUCCCCAAUUCCACACCUCCCAGAUCUGGUCCAUAAUCAUAUCUCCAAAUCCUUUCCCUUCCUCAACAUCCUC